AUGUCUGAAUCACCAUUAAUCACUCCAUUAUUACAACAAUAUCAAGUAGAAUUGUAGGCAAAGUUGAAUGAAUGUUUUGAAAACAAUGAAGUCAAGGGAAUACUCCAUUUAAUAGAUUAAUUAGGACAAGAUAUAAAGGAUGAGCCACAACUUUAAGAUCUACUAAAUCUACCAUUAUUGAGGAAAUUAAUGAAGCAUCUCUCAUCCACUAAUCCUUAAUAAGUAAGAAGUUCUAUCAUUAUAUUGGAUGCAAUAAUGCAACGAAAAAUAAUAGCAAAUAGACUUCUUCAUCAAAGAGGUGCAGAAAGAACCAUGGUGGAUCUAGCUAAUAGUUUAUUGAACUUAUAAUAAUAAUUGCGGCAUACUUCUUUAGAAUUACAUAUUGAUGAUCUCCUAAUUGGUUUAUAAGUCAAAUAUGUUGAAAAGAAAUAGUCAGACUUAAGUAUAUUGAAAUUGGCCUUAAAAUAAUUCCAAGAUAACAAUAGUCUUUUCAUUAAACAAUUGCAAAUAAUCUUAUCUUCUUGUGAAAGCAUAAUAGAUUAAUAUUAUCUAUUUGGAGGUCCUCUGUAAGAACUAAUUUAUGAAUAUCUUUUGAUGAUAAGGUAGAUGGAAGAAAAAUAAUAGGUUAACUUUUUGACUCAAGUUUUAGGCAUAUAUGAAAGGUACAUAUUAGAUGUACAAUAUACUAUAUAAGAAAUGCAAUAAAGAACUUACUAUAUAAAAAUAGAGAAAUAAAUGAUUUUGCAUUAGAUAUCUAACAUGUAUAAAAGUUGUGCUCAACUCUUAAAUAUGAUUUUAGUAUUGCCAGAAGAAAUUGGACUAUAAAAGAGAAUCUAUCUUAUGAUAAAAGUCUUAUAUAGAUACAUUCCAGAUUUGAGAAUAGCUUUAAUGGGACCAUUAUAAUUGGUGAUGCGUAAUCUUUCUUUGUUUUUACAAAAAGAUGCUUAAGAAUACAAAGAAAUAACUAUAUUUUUGUAUUAAAUUAUUCAUUCAUCAGAUUAUGAUGAAAAAUUUAAGUAAUCUCUUCUUGAUGAUGAUGAUCUUGCAUAUCUGAGAGAAAAUAAGUAAAUUAUCAUAUUAUAUUCAAUAGAUAUUUCUCUGUUAAAGCUCUGAGUUAUGUAGAUGAAUCUUAAAGUGUUCCAUCUUUGAGAAACUUAAAUAUUCAAGCAGCUUUCCCUUGUUAUACUAUAAUUUAAGCAGCAUCUAUAUAUUGUUAUUCAUUUAUGGUUGAUAAACCAAAUUCAUUAAUAUUUUGGAGUUUUAGAACAUUAGAUUAUGAUGUAUCAUUUGGAUUAUUCAAAUUAUAAACAAUUGAAGAUUUAGGAAUUAUAGAUUAUGUGAAUGAAAGAAAUGGAGUUAAAUCAUUGAUCAAAUUAUAAAGGAUUGAAUCUCACAAGUAACCAAUAAUUGGAGUCACAGUUAUAUCCAAUCCAGGACUUUAUAGAAUUAUAUUUGAUAAUAGUUAUAGUUAUCUUAGGUCCAAAUAGUUAUUUUAUAGUAUACAUUUGCUAGAAACUAAAUGA